AUGGGGUUAUACUGCAAAGAGACCCUCACAGCACACCGGGGCUCACAACAUUCACUCAGGUACCAAUAUCGCUCGCCCAAAUACUACCGUGGCCCGCUGCAUCCCCAUCAGCCCCCGCCCAAGUCAGACCCGUCGUCUCGCGAAUUCCAACCGGGCCCCUUCAGCCUGCCCCGCCUGGAGCAGACAUACCAAAGUACCAUUGCCGCCGACCUGCUUACCCUCACUUAUCAGCACUAUCCUCCUGGCUUCAGAGCGCCCAAGACGGAGCAGAGACUGCGAGAAUGGACAGGUGACUCGCCAUACUACAAGAACCGCCCGCUGCGGCCGCCACGAGGAAAGGGCGAGGUGCUGCGCUUGCUCACCCCGCCACGCACCUUCCGCAACAUUCCCAGAAUCACCAAAGUCACCAUUCACUCCAUGGUGCCCGAAGCCCAAGAGAACAGCGCCCACCUUCACGUGGCUGGCAUGAUCUUGCAGGCAAUCAGCAACGUGCGUGCCGUGUCGCACAAGGCGAGACACAAUGUCGUCGGCUGGGGCCUACGGGAAGGCCGAUACGUCUCCGCCACGGUCGCGCUGGAGCGAGAGGAUGGGCAAGACUUUCUGGCCAAGUUCAUCGACGUCGUCUUGCCCAGAAUCAAAGAGUGGAAGGGCGUGCCAGGCUCAUCGGGAGACGGUCAUGGCAACAUGAGCUUUGGUCUCACGCCAGAUCAAGUGGCUUUGUUCCCCGAAAUAGAGGUCAACUACGACGCAUAUCCUCCCAAGAUGAUUCCUGGUUGCCAUGUUACCAUCGGUACAGACGCCACGAACAACAAAGAGGCUCGUUUACUACUACAAGCAAUAGGCCUGCCGUUCUAUGGCAAGCUGAACGACUAG